AUGAAUAAGGUGUUCGGAGCGCUACUUGAAAACGCGCCGCAACAAGACGGCGUUCCUCGUGUUGUUAAAGAGUUGAUAAAUUACUUGACAGAGAAGCCGGUACGACUUGAGACUGAGGGAAUAUUCAGAGUCCCUGGAAAGUUGGCGGACAUCAACGAAAUCAAAAGAUUAUAUGACAAUAACCUUCCUGUUGAUUUAAGUAAGUACGAUGUCCACACGGUAGCUGGGGCUUUAAAAACGUAUUUCAGAGAACUUCCCGACUCGCUUAUGAAACGAGAGAAUACGGGCAUGAUAUUGGCCACCAUUGAAAUGCAUGACAAGUUCUUUGAUAAAAAGAUAAAGAACAUUCAAGUCAUCCUUUCGUUUCUUCCGAUAUUGUAUUACAACACUCUUAAAUUGUUAAUACAUUACCUUUCUUUGGUUGUUGGGGCAUCACAGGUGAACAAAAUGAAUAUCACAAAUGUUUCGAUGAUAUUUGCAGUUAAUAUAUUCACAGGAGUCAAUGUGGCAGAAAUGGUUGACGCGUCUUCAGACUGCUUUUCAUCAACAAGAUUUUUGAUUGAAAAUUGGGAGAAGUUGUUCAACGACCCAAAAGCACCAAAACCACAAGCAAAUGCACAAAUGAAGGGAAAGCGUCCGUCAACAGCUCUCGGCUCUUCAGCUUCUUCAACAACAGUAGUGUCCUCUCCGUCGUCGCCAGUACUCCACAAAAUACCCCCAUCCUCUUUAUCACCACGUGGUGGUGUUUUUGUGUCCCACCAAAAAGCACUGAGUUACAGCGGCAGUGUGGUACCUCCAAACAAAGCACUCCCACAGAGACCAGCCCCUCCGAAAAAAAGCGCCGAGCACCAGCUUGCACACUCUACACUUUCAAAGUCGUCGUAUCAACUCGGGACGAGACCAGAUGCUUCAAAGACAAAGGUGUCGAAAGUCACUGUUAAGAAGGUGGGCCUUCAAAACGAAGAAAACGCCAAAGCACAAACUGAAAGAGUGAACCCUUACGUGUAA